AUGAAAAAACUCUCUCACUUCAUUUCAUCAUUGGGAAACAGUCAUCAUAACACUCAUGAUCUCGAAAACUCUCUUUCAUCAUCCUCGUUUUCAUUCUCUUCCUCCGAAAUGGUCAAUCAUCUUGUCAAUGCAAUGAAUGAAACCUCACAACAUUCGGUUCAAGAAAUUUCCGAACAAAUUGGAUUUACAUUUCCAAAAGAAGAAUUUAAAUUAGGACCAGUGCCAGAUGAUGUUAUUUUUCAUGUGUUUUAUUUUGUGGACUUGACGUUUGUAGUGAGUGUUGCUGCCAAGGUGUGUGUGCAGUGGUUACGUGUUUCACAACGAAUGGUUGGAAAGAGAGUUGAUUUGACAAGUGACAAGAAUUGGUCGAACAGUUUACUGCAAGAAUGUGGUAGAAGUGUCACGAUAUUUUUGAACAUGAUGUCCAGUAGUGAAGCAUUUUCAACCAUCACCGAGUUGAAUCUGUCAAAAUCUCGUAUUGGAUUUGAAGGUUUGAAACUUUUCUGUCACUGCUCAUUUCUUCCAAAAUUGAAAAUUUUAAAUUUACAUGAUAACAAUUUAGGUAAUGAAGGAAUUGAAUUAUUAAUGAUGAAACCUGUAGAGAAUUUAGAAUUCCUGGAUGUGUCUCUAAAUCAUUUUGGAAAACUUGGACUUCAAGCCAUUACUUCUAGUCCACACUUGAAAAAUUUAAAAACUCUUCAUUUAAAUCAUAAUCUUUUGGCAAGUGAAGGUAUUUCAGAAUUGUGUAAGAAUAGUGGUGAAUGGAUUCAACAUUUAGAAUCUCUGGAUUUGAGUUCUUGUGGAAUGAUUUGGGAAAAUGAUUAUACGACUCUUCUUGCGUGUGAAAAAUUCAAAUUUAAAAGAAUUAUCAUUGAGAGGAAAUAA